AUGAUUAGGAAACCAGCCGCUUCCCGUGGUAGGAAUAUGACUUACCCUUUUGAUUGUGUGCAGAUGGCUAAUCGCGGGACAGGUUAUGUUGGACAAGGUCGGAUAUGGGGAGAGGGUAUGGAUUGGAUAGGCGGAGGAUUGGGUUACAGAUCUGAUCAUGAGGAUGGAAAUGGCAUCAGUGAGAUGUUUGGACACGAUAGGAGCCCUCUGCAGAAAACAAGAUCUUUUCAUGUUUACGGUAACAGGACUAGAGUGAGGGAUGACAGUUUGGCGAGUAUUGGCCCAAGUCAUAAUUGGGACCAGAGACAUCAACAUGAUCAAUCCGCUCAAUCAAACCCAAGGCCAGAUCAGAACCAUGCCACCGAAAGACCACAAGAUCAUGGAACCGAAAACGCCCUGAAGCUUUUACAUGACGUGAUGACCGAGGCACUUGGUAACCAAGGCAGGCGUACUCAACCCCCUGAAGUUUCCAAGCUAUUAUCUACCAUGAAGAACAUUGGAUCCUACAAGUUCAAAGGAGGAUCCGAUCCUAUUGAAGCCGACAAGUGGAUUUCUAUGAUGGAGAAGAAUUUUGAAGCCAUGGAGUGCCCGGAGGAGUACAAGAAGAAGAUUGAUGUGUACUACUUGGAAGGCGACGCCACAGGAUGGUGGGACAGCAUAGACAGGCAGCGUGGACACACCAUCACAUCAUGGGAGUCGUUCAAGGGAGAGUUUGAGAGGAAGUAUUUUCCUCCGGAAGCAAAGCAUCGAUUGGAGCGCCAGUUUAUGAACCUUGUUCAAGGAGAUAGGCCCGUAAGGAGUUAUGAGUCGGAGUUCACAAGGUUGAGGCGACAUGUUUUUGAUGGGCGUGAAGAUGAAGCAACUAUGAUCCGUAACUUUAUGUACGGAUUGAAGCCGGAGCUUGGAAGUCGUUUAGCUGGAAGCAACUUUAGCAGCUUAUCUGAGCUAGUGGAAAAAGCUGUUAAUGUUGAAACUGUAUUGGAGGCUGAAAGGAAAACCAUAUCACAUUCUGGUGGACACACCAAGUUUAGCCAAGGAGAAAGGCCGAAUUUCAACAAGGGUCCAGGAUCUCACAAAGGCAAAGGGCGAGGAUAUGGAGGCCAAGCCAACAAUCGUGGUAACACUGGGGUAUGUUACACAUGUGAUCAGCCGGGACAUAUUUCAAGGUUUUGUCCCAAAAAUCAGCGGAAUAACCAACGGAGUAACCAGAUGGGUUAUUCAUCGAUAAGGAUGGAAGAUGUAACUUGUUUCUCUUGCGGUAUGAAGGGCCAUUAUGCAUCGUCAUGUCCAAACAAGCCAAUCCAUGCGACCCCUCUCGCAAUCCGAGCUCCUCCUAGCCGUCCAGCUAUUGAGCCAGCACCAAAGAAGUAA